CAUGUGGCUGCUGAUGGCUCAAACUUUGGGUCUGGAGCCGUCAAGCCCCAUACGCACACGCACGAAGACAUCGAAAGCCCAAAAAUGCAUUUGAUCAAGAUCUCCUUGUUGCUGAGCCUAAUGGCUCUGUGCCACACGAGUCAGGUGCAGGGCAUUUCGGCUAAAUUCAGCAAGUCUCUGAAGUGCUUAGAGACGAUCAACGAGGGCGUUGCCUUGGUGAUGGAGAACUCCAUUGACACGGUGAAGAUCUUGGUUCUGUGCAUCGACUACCGACCCAGGAUGGAUCAUAGUGCCAGCUUCCUGAAGUACAUUCGCAUCGUGCACCAAUUCGCCAAGAAGGCCAUCUACCACAAGCCCGAUUGCCUCAUCCAACUGUUUGCGGUUGCCGUCGAACUGCUGAGGCCCGUGGAACGAGAGCUUGACCGACUGCACUGCUUUGACGAUUAAAGUGUACAAUAAAUGAUACAUUUUGCAAAUAAAAAUACCAGAGCAUACAAGGAGUUUGCGCGGCAGAGCAAACCGUACAU